GGAUUUUGGUGAUGAUCAAGCUUUUCGUCAAGCUUUUGCUUUACACUAUAAUUGUGACGGCGAUGGUGUCUCCACUGGUUCUAGUAAAUGAUGCGGGGAACUCUUUCUCUGCUUCCCAUGUCUUGUCUGGCGCGGGGUUUUGUUUGGAAGUUGUGAACUUGUGGGACGAGGGACAAACAGGAAGUGGAAGAGAAGGCGUCCAGAUGGUACUCGCGCUUCGCAACCAUUGUAGUACCGUUUUCCGAAUCUAUUCCUUAUCUGGAGACUUUUCAAUCUCGAAUCUUUGUCCUAUCUUCUCUGCUGUUGGAUCGACUCAACCGCUCGACGUCAGUUAUCGAAGGGGGAAGCGUUUGCCGCGGGAAAACAACCAAUUGGAAACAACAGGGUCCUGAUUACUAACAAGUCAGGGCACCCUGCGAAAGGGAUCUGAGACAUCAGGGUCUAGCCCUGAAAUGUCUUGGUUGACUUUGGACGACUCCAAGUUCUGCUUCUCGGCCGUCGACAUCCAAAACAUUAUCCUCUUCGUACUUAGCUCAUGAACAACCUCCAUCCUUCGCGCUCAUCUUCCGAGUGUGCGAAUUACACCUUGGAUACGCAAAACAGCAGCUUUACUAGUGGUAGCUUGCGACCAAAAAGUUUCAAACAAGCUGUGUCACCGUCUCAGCGCACUUACCGAGCCUCGGUGGAUGAGGUGACGGGGACACAACAACGGACGUUAAAUCCUUUUAUGGUUGGGAACCGGCAAGUAACACGGUGAUGAGAUAGCCCCAAUUACUACGGCGGAGGAAAACCUCCCCUGUGUUACUGUACCUGCACCUGGGGGAAUGAAAUCAGAUGGUCUCAUCUUGGUGAACAGCCUUUGUUAUUUCCGGCGUUACCUCGCUUCUCUUCAGAUCGCACGCAUUGUAUGCAGCAUACGGCAUAUCGUUAGCCGCGCCGUGAGUUUCACUGCUCGGCAUUCCGUGUCUUGAGGUGCACAACACUUGACUUCCUGUUCACGCCGGUCCGUCCCGGGCAACCUACGCCGGCUUCAUGAAUCUAGGAUACCGGAGAAGGUAUUUGAGUCCGGGCCGGAAACGGACGGACAGACGGACGAAUGCGAGGACGGACGAACGACUCGCGGACCACGAUGACCUUCUUACCUAGUCUCCCCGGAUUGCCAUGUGCGGUCACGAGAACCAAAGUAGUGGAAAAGGUGACCUUCUUUACGGGCAAACACCGCUUGUGUACCUAGCGAGGUGAUGACGGUGCGCCGCAAACACUUGACUAGAUGAGGCGACCCGUGUCACGGAAAUCUGUGUUUUUUUUCUGGAAGCUUGGGAGGGUUCUAUCGAUUGCGUCACCUGUAUUCUCCAAUUGAUCAUGAACCGAGACUGGGCUCAUUGACCGUCUGUCAAGCUGUCAACCAAUGGAUUUUGUUAGUUGCCUGGUGCUAUCAAUUGUCGCAAGUUCUAGUGGUCAUAUGCGGAGUAGUCAGCACUAACAGUUACCUACCGUUCUACCGAGGCAUGCUGUUAGUGCACCCCUCUGCACUCUGCACACCUCGUCUCACGAGCAUCAGUUGAGGCAGCUUUCGGCCCAGACCACGA